GUGUGUGUGUAUAUUACAAAUUGUGUGUACGAAUCUUUUUCGCGCUGCUUUUAUUGUUGCUCACUCAUACUAUUUUGUUAACAAAAAUUAAACAAACAACAAAUUGAAUAAAUGCAUAAACUAUUUACACAAAGUAACUCGGCUUUAGAGAGCUUUUAAGCAGAUCGCUAAAUCAAAAGCAUGUCGUUGUCGGCCAAAAUCACAUUGGGAGCAGCGAUUGGUAUAUCUGGUGCUAUUAUAGGUUAUGUCCACUAUAAACAGUCGGAAGACCGAUUAAAACUGCACCAAGGUGUGCUGCGUGAUGUCGAGCAGCAGCAGCGUCGCAAGCACGAAAAUACAUAUGCCUUGCAGCAACAGAUUGACAUAACCAAACAGUUGAAAUCGAUGCAAACAAAGCCGGGGGAUAAACCCGGAGAUUCUACGGACAAGAACAAAACUCCCAAUCUGGAUGCCGUUGCUCUGCAACCACCGCCAUAGUUGCACAAAAAUUAUUAAGUCAACUCUAUUAUUAACUAGAUAAAAUGCAAAUUAGUUAUAUUCCAAGUACAGACAAAGAAGGAAAUGUUAUUUACUGACUGACU